CCAAAACCACCUCCAAAGCCACCCCCAAAGCCACCCGGAAACAUGCUACUCAAGGCGCCCGAGGAGGUGCUCAGGGUGGCCAUCAUCGGCGGUGGACCAGGCGGGCUGAGCACGGCGAUCGCGCUCUCGCAGAUAGCCAACGUCGACGUGCGGCUGUACGAGCAGGCCAGCGUGCUGCGCGAGGUGGGCGCAGGUAUCAGCAUCGGGCAGAACUCGUGGAACGUGCUGGAGCUGCUAGGGGUUGCGGACACGCUCACGAGCGGCCACGUCACGGCGACGGUCCUCAACCUAAACGGCAAGACCGGCGAAGAAGUCCACCGCAUGGCGCGGCCGCCGGCCCCGGGCCAGAAGCACGCCAACAUCCGCACGCAGCGCACGCAGCUGCAGUCGGCACUCUUGGCACACGUCAAGCCGGGCGUCAUCCAGCUGUCCAAGAAGCUCGCGCGCAUGGUGGACAAGGGCGCCGACGGCGUCGAGCUGGUCUUUGAGGAUGGCACGGCCGAGGUGGCGGACCUGGUGGUCGGCGCCGACGGCAUUCGCUCGGUGGUGCGGGACUCGGCGUGGCCCGAGUACGAGCUCAAGUUCACGGGCACGACCAUCUGGCGGGCGCUGCUGUCGUGGGACGCCGUGGUGGCGCUGGACGGGCGGUUCGCGACGACGGGCUGGUGGCACGGCCCGACGACGCACGUGUGGCUGUCGCCCGUCGGCGACGGCCUGGGCGAGAUCGCCGCCCGCGCCUGGCACGACCCGGCCGUGCACAGCGCCAGCAAGGUCAGCUGGGGCGUGCCGGUCGGCAACGAACACGUCGAGUCGCACUUCCCGGAAUACCUCCCGCAGAUCCGCGCGGCGCUCGCGCAGGUCGAGACAGGCGACUGGCGCGAGUUCGCAGCCUUCGCGGGGCCCGAGCUCGACCGGCUCACAGCAUGGGACGGCAAGGUGGUGCUGGUGGGGGACGCGUCGCACGCGCUGUCGGGGGCGUUUGGGUCAGGGGCGGGGUUCGCGAUGGAGGACGGCUGGGUGCUGGCGCAGGCGCUGCAGAAGUUUAACAACGACGCGGUGCGCGCGCUCCAAGUUUUCGAUGCCAUUCGCCUGCCCUACUACGCGCGCAUGUACAGCCACCUCGCGGCCGAGGCGGCGGGGCGCGAGGCGAAGCUGGUGCAGUUGAGGAGCGAGGGGGUUAAGGAGGGGAAUGGGGAGGGGGUCAAGGAGGGGAAUGGGGAGGGGGUCAAGGAGGGGGAUGGGGAGGGGGUCAAGGAGGGGGAUGGGGAUGAUGGUGUGAGCUAUGAUGACCGCGUGCGUGUCAAGGUUAUCAAAGGUGGCGGCAAGGAUAUGAGUUGGAUCUAUGCGAACGAUAUUGGGGCUGUGUGGAGGAAGGCGGUUGAGGGCUUGGAGGAGGAAUAGGGGGUUCCAGUUGAAGACGGCAACGGGCUCAUGUAGAUGACUAAGAAUCAGAUGGAGAUGCUUAGAUUCGGCAAUUUAUACAGGUUGACGAGGUCGC